CGUCCCCCCGUCCCCCCAAGCCCCCAAGCAGCACACAGCCUGUUUUUACAACUAAUUCUUUUAUUUUUUUGGUUUUAUUCACAACCUAUUUUCUUGGCCUAAAUGGGGAAUGCUCUGUUGGCCACCUUUUUUUUCUCUUCUCAAUCGGUCCACUCUCUCUCUCUCUCUCUCUCUCUGUUAAUUUAACCAAACCCUAACAAAUCCAAAUCACUAGUUCUUGUAUUUGUUCAUUGUGUAAUCUUGAUCUUCUGCUCUGCAACAGCAAGAGCGAGAGAGUUUGCCAGAUGCUGCCGUACCAGAGCUUGCAAGAAGCAGAGUUGGCUCUCGGAAGGGAGCUGACUCUGGCCGAGAAACUCUGGUUCAAUUACUCUGCGCAGAAGUCGGAUUACUAUCUCUACUGCCACAACCUUCUCUUCCUAUUCUGUGUCUUCUCUUUCGUUCCUCUUCCCUUGGUUUUCAUAGAGCUAAAACUAUCUAAGAACAUAAGCAAGUACAAGCUGCAGCCUAAGAUCAGGUUGUCUUUCCAAGAGAUGUUCAGAUGCUAUAAAGAUGUAAUGUGGAUGUUUUUCGUCGUCGUUGGUCCUCUACAACUCGUUUCCUACCCCACUAUCAAGUGGAUUGGGAUUCGGACGGGUCUGCCAUUGCCAUCCGCGUGGGAGAUUGUUCUGCAGCUGUUCGUGUAUUUUCUUGUUGAGGAUUUCGGAAAUUACUGGAUCCAUAGAUUCCUGCAUAACAAAUGGGGAUAUGAGAAGAUCCACCGUGUCCAUCAUGAGUAUACGGCGCCGAUUGGGUUCGCAGCUCCAUACGCUCACUGGGCUGAGAUUUUGAUCCUUGGUAUUCCGUCCUUUCUUGGACCCGCGAUGGUCCCCGGGCAUAUGAUCACCUUCUGGUUGUGGAUCAUUCUUCGUCAGGUCGAGGCUAUUGAGACACAUAGCGGGUAUGACUUCCCCUGGAGUCCCACAAAGUACAUUCCUUUCUAUGGAGGAGCAGAGUACCAUGAUUACCAUCAUUUCGUCGGGGGUCAAAGUCAAAGCAACUUUGCUUCAGUGUUCACCUACUGUGAUUACAUUUAUGGCACUGACAAGGGUUACCGUUACCAGAAGGAGCACCUUAAAAAGUUGAAGGACUGGGGAGGCAGCUGUGAACAAAAUGGAAAUGGAUACCACAUCUCAAACCAAGAUCUGAAAUCUGAGUAGCUGUGGAACUGUUGAAGAGGUAUUUGUAAAACUUCCCUUCCUGUGUGCUUCUUCUCACUAUGGAAGAGUGGACUCUCAACUAUCCUUGGUUCCCUAGUUGACAUCAUCCAUCGUUCUUAUGAUUGGUAGUAGUAGAAACCUGAAAUUUUCCAGUGUGGUGGGUGGGGACUAACAUGCUACUUUCAUAUUCAUGUAGUUUACGGGAAGCUUUUGUAAUCACUGGGGAGUAGUCUAGCUUCAGAACCGAAUUUCUUAUGACCUUAUUUUCUGCAUGAGAAUUUCUGUGAAUCAGGAUCAUGAGCUUGUAUUAUGUUUAAAGUUUGAACCAGCUUCUGUUUUCCCUGUCUUUCUCGGGUAAGUAUGUAAAUUGAAGGUAUUUUAGUAA